CGUUUCAAAUUCAUUACAUACACCAGGGACAUAUGUAAUAAGAUAUGUCCCUGCAUACACUAAAUUAAAUGUAUUUCCUUAUUUUUAGAUUAACGGCCUAUGAAAGAAAUAGGAACUUUAGGCAUUCUGCAUUGGAGAUUCCUGAUGCCAUUGAUGUGUUUUGGCCAGUUGUUGGCUUCCAGCAGUUGGUUCAAGAUCACCGGAUCAUCCUACCCAAACUAACACACCUGCAGAUAGAGGAGUACUUUUUGUACAGACUGGCAGGAGACAAACAAGCCACAUCGGACGUGAAGGCCCUGCAGAAAGGAGGAGACAUGUUGGCAGGAAACAGAAUCCUAGCAUGUUCCCUAUUGAAAAAAAAUGGACAUAUAUUCCUUACUGGAAUUGUUGGUGCUGCCAUGAAGAACAAGGUAUCGUACAACUAUAAGAUAAGCCUCGAGGAGACGAGUGGGGAUCCUGUUAAUUCAGCAUGUGAAUGUCCAGCUGGCAAAGGACCACAUGGUACAUGCAAGCACAUAGCUUCAGUGCUUCUCAUGCUUGGAAAUUUUAUUUCAAAUGGUACCCUACAAGUACAAAAAACCUGUACAGAAAACCUGCAGAGCUUUCACAAGCCAAAGUCCAUCUAUGAUGGUAAACCCGUUCCUGUGGAAGACAUGCCAACUAAACGUAAAUUUAAUGAAGAUCUUCUGGAAGAUCCUCGUCCCCACAAAUAUCGCAAUAAUGAUGGCUACCCCGACUUUGUGAGGAACAUGAUGGUAAAUCACUGUGCUCAACAUUCACAGGACAUGGCUAUGAGAUUUCUUCACCCAUCUGCUGAUAUACAGGCAGCAGCUUUGGAUCAUGACUAUCUACCACUUCCCUUCACAGAGUAUUUAGUAGACAAAGCAACAAAGGUUACUGAAGAAGAUGCUUUAGAUCUGGAGACGAGGACUAAAUGUCAAGCUAAAUGCAAGAAAUGGGUGGAAGAGAGAGAGUGGAGAGUGACCGCAUCUAGGUUUGGAGAUAUUACACAUGCAACAUGUAGAAGGAAUAUGGAAAAACUGUGCGAGAGUCUUCUCUCAUCUAGAGUACUUCAUACGAAAGCAACGGAACAUGGUAAAAACUAUAAAAAGAAGGCAGUAAUGAAGUUUGAAAACACCAUGAUGUUAAAGGUGGAAAGGGCAGGACUUUUUGUGGACCCACAACACCCAUAUCUUGGUGCUUCACCAGAUGGAAUUAUAGAUGAAAAUGGCAUCCUGGAAAUUAAGUGUCCAUAUACAGGUCGCACAUCACCUAUCUUGCCAGGGAAGAUGUUUCCAUUCCUUCAAUAUGAUGACAACAAACAUAUCUGUUUAAACAUGCAUUCCAAGUAUUAUGACCAAAUUCAAGGACAGAUGCUGCUUUCUAAAAGGAAGUACUGCUAUUUUGUUGUUUUUACUUUUGUAGACAUGUUUGUACAGAAGAUAGCAUUUGAUGCAGAGUACUGUAAAUUCAGUCUAUUACCCAAACUACACCUAUUUUAUGUGAAGCACUUCAGGUCUUACAUUGCAUCCCAUAUGUAAUAUGUAAAAGAAAACUGACAAUUUCAGAAAUGUGAUAAAUAUAUCAGACACAUAGCUCAAUAUCAAGACUACAUAUAUAUUUCCUUGAUUAAAGUAUGUAUCUGGAUACUUAAAAAUAUGUACUAGAUUACACUUUUAGAAAUAUUUUACCUCACUGUUUCAUACUGUACAUGUCAAUGGAUCAAGUCCCAAAAUGUUUCUGAAAUUCCAAAACAAUGAAGAUUUUCUACAAAAACUAGGAGUACCAGGUAUCUGUUAGGGCAAG